AUGUCUCGCAGAGGAGAAGCACGAAGACGUCGGACUCCCGCCAGGAUUAUAUGGCGAAGACAAUUCAGAAGGGUAUAUGAGUCAGAUUGGAUGCAAAAUGCAGAAGAGGUGCAGGAAAAUACUCGACAAGAGAUGAACUUUCAUGACGACCACAGUAUUACCCUACAGGAGCUCCUGACUAUGAACCAUCACACAAAUGCUCGAAUCAUGGAUGCAGCACAAGAGGUUUGCCAUGUUAUGAAAAUGACGUUGGAGGUGAUAACUAAUAGAUUCUGCCAGGAGACUUCAGAUAUAGAAAAGGAGACAAUGAGAAGACAAGCAAACUUUGCUAUACUUAAGGCAAAGUUAACUGAAGUGGAACUGAACAUCUUACGUAGAUUAGAGGAAGCCGAGGCAGCUGAGAUAGAGAAAAAAAUCAAGGAAAUGGAGGAACGGCAGAAUAUAUUACAGUCUGUUCUCAAUGAAUAUUUAAGUGAAAAAUCAGGGCCAGUGGGUGAUGGUAAUAAUGAUGAUGAUGAUCCUGCCGAGGAAGAAGAUAUCACUGAACACGCAUCAUGGUACUGUACCGCAGGCCGUGAAUUGACUGAAAACAGGAGGAAUCCUUAUAGGGAGAGUCAAGAAAGGGUAGUCAGAAGAUCCGAAAGCGCUGGAACAUCAUCUUGGUUGCCCGGUGUUGCUGCCACAAGUGGUAAUAAUGAAGCCACGAUUUGUGGUGGUGGAACAUCAUCCUCUACAACAAUGCCUCAUGCUGCUAGCAUGUCUAAUGGCAGGGUUGAUGAUCAGUCAGAAAUGUGCCCCAUUUGCUUAUGUGGAUUUGUCACACAGGAGAUUGGGACUCCAGAAGCUUGUAACCACAGUUUCUGUGUAGACUGUCUCCAGGAGUGGUUGAAGAAUACUAACACUUGCCCAAUAGAUCGACAGGUGUGUGAUACAAUUCUUGUGCGUCACUAUCUGGGGGGCAAAGUUGUCAGAAAAAUACAUAUGGAGCCACCAAGGCAGCAACAGGAACAUGAUGUUAUAGAUUAUUUCGUGCGUUGUGGGGUGUGUGGUGAUGACAACCGUAUUUCUGCACUAAUUAAUUGCGACAGAUGUGGGCGAAGCUACCAUCUAGACUGUAUAUAUCCACGUUUGGACAGUGUGCCUCUGGGAGAAUGGUUCUGCAGUGAUUGUUCUUGA